AUGCUUAGAGCAGCUUUUACAAGAAGAACAAUCACUCAAAUACGUUCAAUUCAUAAAUCAUCGAUCUAUAAUGCAGCAUCUGUGUUUAAGAUGCCUGCGAUGUCACCUACCAUGAGUGAAGGUGGGAUUGUUGCAUGGAAAAUUAAACCAGGUGAUAGUUAUAGUGCAGGAGAUGCAAUUUUGGAAGUUGAAACUGAUAAAGCCAAUAUUGAUGUUGAAGCUGCCGACGAUGGUAAAUUAUGGGAAAUUUUAAUCAAUGAAGGUACUUCAGGAAUUCCUGUCGGUAAAGCAAUUGCCCUUAUUGCUGAACAAGAUGAUGAUUUGAGUACUUUAGAAAAACCAGCCAUUGAAGAUGAAACUGCUCAAGCACCAAAGGAAGAACCUAAGAAAGAAGAAGAGCCAAAACAAGAAGAAAAACCAGUUAAGUCUAAAGCUCCAACUGAUAACAGUAUAUUCCAAAAACCAAACCCAUCUCAAAAAUUAUCCCCAGCUGUUGAAUUGUUAUUACAUGAAAACCACAUUUCCACCGAGGACGCAUUUGCCAAAAUCCAAGCCUCUGGUCCAAAUGGUAGAAUCUUAAAAGGUGAUGUGUUGGCAUUCCUCGGUAAGAUCAAUUCCGAUUCAAUUGCCAGCUUGACAGAAUUCUUGAAAUCUAGAGAACACUUAGACUUGUCUAACAUAGUACUUGCACAACCUUCAGAAUCAUCAACUAAAAAGGGAGAAGAAGGUGCUGCCCCAACCAAGACAGAAAAACCAAAACCAAAGAAUAUUUUGUCAGUCGAGUUGACUUCAAACUUGGGUGAAGAUGUAUCACAAGCAAAAUUCAAGUUUGCAUUUGAAAAAUCUGUCGCUGCUGCAAUUAGACACACUUAUGCUACCAAGUUCCCAGAAUUUGCCAAUUCCCCAACCGCUUCUUCAAUUUAUGACAAGUAUGACGUUUUUGAUGAUAUAAUCUCUGCCCCAGUUACAAAGAAUAGAUUUGAAGUUUACGAUAUAACUUACAAAUUUUAUGGUGAAAAUGUUGCACCAAAACCAAUUAAGGUUGAUGAUUUUGAUGAACUUUUAGGCUUGGCUACUCCAGUUCAAUAUUUGGAAACAGGAUCUUCCAAUGUUGGAGUUCAAUUCAAGAUCAAAUUUGAUGAAAAGGUGUCUGAUUCUAAACAAUUUGUAGAAUACUUUGAAAAUUCAUUACUUUCUCAAAUUCCUGCCAACAAAUUGAAAAUAACAAACUUAUAG